UGGUCGUAAGUCAAGGACUACCUAAGAAUUAGGGGGGAAGCUUCCUCAGUUUUCUUUUUUUUUACUCCCAUUUGGUCAAAUUCUUCUUGUAUUUAUGAUGGAACUGCCUCUAUGCUUCAUAAUUGCAGGGCUAAUCCAGAGACCAUGCGCUAUUGAGCGCUCAACCCUAAAGCUAUGGGCCUGUUCAACCAAGCAGAGCUGUUCCCUUAUCCGGCAGCCUUGGAAAAGGGGCAACUGGAUGAGCAGAAAUGCAGCCGUUCACCGGAUUGCGAGGGUUUUCCAGCCCAGAGCAGUGCUGAAGGGGACUCUGUUUCUUCUGAAAAUGACUCUCCGCCAGGCAGCCAUUCCAGCGGCUGCGCGGAAGAGGAUGAAGCCAGUAGCACAGAGAGUGCCCAAAAUGGGCACGAGGGUCUUUGUAGUGGAAGCACUACUGGCUGUGAUCCUAAAGACGAGCAGCGUGCAGCCCUGAACAAGAUCUCCGCUCUUGAAAACCGGCUCAAGGAGCUGCAUCAUCGGAAGAAAGAGCUGAAUAUAGAGAUGGACCUGGAAGGUGCCUUGUUAGAAGGGGAACUGCAGGAAGAGAGGCAGGAGCUACGGCAAGAGGAGGAACGGCUGCUGGAGCUGAAAGAACGCCUCGCGGAGACAGAGCUCAGGUGCCGGGAAGAACGCGAGAAGGAGAAGGCACGUCUCCAACGAGAACGUCAGAGGGUGGAGGAGCUCCAGAGACAGCAUGCUGAGUCUCAGAUCCACCUAAACAACCAGCCGGAAUCGAUGCGUGAACGGAUGCAGAAGCAACUCCAGGAG